GCGCAGGGCAGAGCCGCGAGGAUGAAGACCGGGCUGGUGCUUUGGAAUCUCAUCUUCUCUCUGAUGUUCACAUGUGUGAGAGGUUUUAUCCAUACUUGCGGAGGCACUUUGAAGGGAAGGAAUGGGACGAUCGAAAGCCCCGGCUUCCCAUACGGAUAUCCAAAUGGAGCCAACUGUACCUGGGUGAUCGUUGCAGAGGAGGGGAGCAGGAUUCAUAUAGUUUUUCAAUCUUUCGCUGUGGAGGAGGAAUACGACUUUUUAUCUUUGUACGACGGGCAUCCGCACCCGGCGAACUUCAGGACGAGGCUAACGGGAUUCACCAUGCCGCCGCCUGUGACCAGUUCUGGCUCCAUCUUCUCGCUGAGGCUUACCAGUGACUUUGCAGUAAGCGCCCAUGGAUUUAAGGUGGCUUAUGAAGAGCUGAGGAGCAGCUCGUGUGGGAACCCGGGCGUUCCCCCCAAAGGCAUCCUGAACGGGACGCAGUUCAACGUCGGCCACAAGAUCCGCUACCGCUGCGUCACCGGCUACGUCCUGGACGGCCACUCGCUGCUCACCUGCGUGACGACGGCAGCCGGCGUGUCGGUGUGGGACUUCCCCGUGCCGAUCUGCAGAGCGGAGGACAUGUGCGGCGGCACCCUGCGGGGCCCCAGCGGCCUCAUCUCCAGCUUGGACGUGCCCAGCGGGGCCUCCGCGGGGGGCCUGGGCAGCAGCGGCGAGUGCAGGUGGACCGUCCUGGCCGAGCCGGGGGACACCAUCUCCCUCGUGUUCACCGAGUUCCAGAUGGAGGAGAAGCUGGACUACCUGGAGGUGGAGGGAUCCGAACCGACAACCAUCUGGGUAACUGGGAUGAACAUCCCGGCGCCCAUCAUCAGCACCAAGAACUGGCUGCGGCUGCACUUUGUGACGGAGAGCAGCCACCGGCACAAAGGCUUCAGGGCGCAGUACCAAGUGAAGAGCUCCGGAGAGCUUAAAUCCAGAGGCGUCAAGCUCUUCCCGGGAAAGGACAACAGCAACAAGCUGUCUCUGAUGAACGAAGGAGGAGUCAAGCAGGUGCCGAACUACUGUCCUGACCCGGGGGAGACGGAGAACGGCAAACGGGUCGGCUCCAACUUCAGCGUCGGGGCCACGGCUCAGUUCACCUGUGACGAGGACCACGUGCUGCAGGGCUCCAAGACCAUCACCUGCCAGCGCGUGGCCGAGGUGUUCGCCGCCUGGAGCGACCACCGGCCGGUCUGCAAGGUGAAGACAUGCGGCUCCAACCUUCAAGGACCUUCUGGGACCUUCACGUCCCCCAACUUCCCCAUUCAGUACGAGAGCAACUCCCAGUGUGUGUGGAUCAUCACCGCCAGCGACCCCACCAAGGUCAUCCAGAUCAACUUCGAAGAGUUUGACCUGGAGAUCGGCUACGACUCGCUGACCACUGGAGACGGAGGGGGAGUAGGAGACUCCAAGACAAUAAUACAAGUGCUGACGGGGAGCUUUGUUCCAGACCUGAUCGUCAGCCUGUCCCAUCAGAUGUGGCUCCACCUGCAGUCAGAUGAGAGCGUGGGCUCCAUCGGCUUCAAGAUCAACUACAAAGAGAUAGACAAGGAGAGUUGUGGAGACCCGGGUACUCCCCUGUACGGGUACCAGGAGGGCAGUGGCUUCCUGAAUGGGAACGUUCUCCGGUUUGAGUGCCAGUUCGGCUUCGAGCUGAUCGGAGAGAAGACGAUCAGCUGCCAGAGCAACAACCAGUGGUCGGCCAACAUCCCCAUGUGCAUCUUCCCCUGCUUCUCCAACUUCACGGCCCCCAUGGGAACGGUGCUGUCCCCCGACUACCCCGAGGGCUACGGCAACAACCUGAACUGUGUGUGGAUCAUCAUCUCUGAGCCGGGCUCCAGAAUCCACCUGGCCUUCAACGACUUUGACCUGGAGCCGCCCUACGACUUCCUCACCAUCAAAGACGGGGAUCGGUCCGGGGCCACGAUACUCGGACGCUUCUCGGGGGCCGAAGUCCCGUCGCACCUGACGUCCGACAGCAACGUCCUGCAGCUGGAGUUCCAGGCGGAUCACUCCAUGUCCGGACGGGGGUUCAACAUCACCUACAGCACUUUCGGGCGUAAUGAGUGCCCCGACCCCGGCAUACCGCUGAAUGCCAGGCGCUUCGGGGACAGCUUCCAACUGGGUAGCUCCAUCUCAGUGGUGUGUGAGGAGGGCUUCAUCAAGACGCAGGGGGCCGACACCAUCGCGUGCCAUCUGGAGGACGGCAAGGGGAUGUGGAGCGGCCUCAUCCCCAAAUGUGAAGCUCCGUGUGGGGGCCACUACUCGGGGCCGUCAGGCGUCAUCCUCUCCCCGGGCUGGCCGGGCUACUACAAAGACUCCCUGAGUUGCGAGUGGGUCAUCGAGGCCGAGCCGGGGAGCUCCAUCAAGAUCAGCUUCGACAGGUUUCAAACGGAGCUGAGCUACGACUUCCUGGAAGUGCACGACGGCCCCAACCUGCUCUCUCCUCUGAUUGGCUCGUUCAAUGGUACCCAGGUGCCCCAGUUCCUGUUCAGCAGCAGCAACUUCCUGUACCUGCUCUUCACCACCGACAACAGCCGGUCCAACAGUGGAUUCAAGAUAUUCUUUGAAGUGGUCACGCUGGAUACGUACUCCUGCAUGGACCCUGGCAUCCCGGUGAACGGCCUGCGGCUGAGCCACGACCUUUCCAUCGGCUCCACCGUGACCUUCCAGUGCGACCCGGGAUACAGGCUGAGCCACGAGGAGCCGCUGCUCUGUGAGAAGAACCACUUCUGGAGCCACCCGCUGCCCACCUGUGACGCCUCAUGCGGGGGGGACGUCGCCGGACCCGGAGGCAUCAUCUUAUCGCCCGGCUUCCCCGAGCUGUACCCCAACUCUCUGAACUGCACCUGGACCGUGGAAGUCAGCCACGGGAAAGGAGUCCAAUUCACAUUUUACUCCUUCCACCUGGAGGAUCACCAUGACUACCUCCUGAUAACAGAAAACGGCAGCUUCGCCCGGCCGCUGGCGCGACUCACCGGCUCCGAGAGGCCGUCGCCGGUGAACGCCGGCCUCUACGGGAACUUCAAGGCCCAGAUGCGCUUCAUCUCUGACUUCUCCAUAUCGCUGCAGGGAUUCAACAUCUCCUUCUCUGAGUACGACCUGGAGCCGUGCCAGAACCCCGGCUCGCCGCCGUUCGGCCGCCACACGGGCUCCAGCUUCGGCAUCGGCGACUCGCUGGCGUUCGCCUGCAACGCGGGGUACCGCCUGCAGGGGGCGAGGCAGAUCGCGUGCCUGGGAGGUGGCCGUCGCAUGUGGAGCGCCCCUCUGCCAAGGUGUGUGGCUGAAUGCGGCUCCACGGUCUCCGACAGCGAGGGAGAUAUCCUAUCCCCCAACUUUCCGCUGGACUACGACAACAGCCACGAGUGUGUGUACAGCAUCCACGUGCAGACGGGCAGAGGCAUCAACAUCACCGCCAGCAGCUUCCAGCUCGCCGCCGGUGACGUCCUCAAGGUGUACGACGGCAGAGACGGAGCGGCCGCCCUCCUCGGCUCCUACGGCGGCUCGUCCAUGCGAGGCCUGUCCCUCAGCGGCACCUCCAACGCCCUGUGGCUGGAGUUCUACUCCGACCCGGAGGCCACGGCGCCGGGCUUCAGGCUCUCGUACCACAGCUUCGAGCUCUCCCACUGUGAUGAUCCUGGCGUGCCUCAGUUCGGCUUCAAAGUGGACGACCAGGGUCACUUCGCCGGCAGCGCCGUCUCCUUCGGCUGCGACCGCGGCUACACGCUGCACGGCGGCGGCGUCCUCACCUGCAUGAGCGGCGCCCGCCGGGCCUGGGACAACAACCUGCCGUCAUGUAUAGCGGCGUGCGGGGGCAGCUUCACUGGCGAGUCCACCGGACGCAUCCUGUCCCCGGGGUACCCCUUCCCCUACGACAACAACCUGAGGUGCACCUGGACCAUCGAGGUGAACCCCGGCAGCAUCGUCAGCCUCCAGUUCCUGGCGUUCGACACGGAGGCGUCCCACGACCUCCUGAAGGUGUGGGACGGGCCUCCCGACAUCGAGACUCCUCUGCAGGAGGUGAGCGGCUCUCUGCUGCCGGAGGGGAUCCACUCCACACUCAACGUGGUCGCCGUGCAGUUCGAGACCGACUUCUACAUCACCAAGUCCGGCUUCGCCAUCGACUUCUCCAGUUCUCUAGCCACGGCGUGCAGGGAUCCCGGCAUUCCCAUGAAUGGGAGUCGCAACGGUGAAGGACGAGAGCCCGGCGACCUGGUGACCUUCACCUGUGACCCCGGAUAUGAGCUGCAGGGAGAGAGCAGGAUCACCUGUAUACAAGUGGAUAACAGAUACUACUGGCAGCCCAGCCCUCCCAGCUGCAUCGCUCCUUGCGGUGGGAAUGUGACGGGCUCCUCGGGAUUCCUCCUCUCUCCCAACUACCCUCACCCCUACCCUCACAGCAAGGACUGCGACUGGCUGAUUGCCGUCCACUCCGAUUACGUCAUCUCUUUGGCGUUCAUCAGCUUCAGCAUCGAGCCCAACUACGACUUCCUGUACAUCUACGACGGGCCGGACAGCAGCGCGCACCUGAUCGGCAGCUUCCAGGACAGCAAGCUUCCCGAGAAGAUCGAGAGCACCUCCAACUUCAUGUACCUGGCGUUCCGCAGCGACGGCUCUGUGAGCUACACCGGCUUUCACCUGGAGUACAAAGCUAAGCUGCGGGAGGCCUGCUUCGACCUGGGGAAUGUGAUGAACGGCUCCAGGAUGGGGACCGACUACAAGCUGGGCUCCAUGGUGACGUUCCACUGCGAGGCCGGAUACCAGCUGCAGGGCUACUCCACGCUCACCUGCGUCAUGGGCAACAGCCACAGGCCCGAGUGGGACCGGGCCAAGCCCAGCUGUCAAGCUCCCUGCGGAGGUCACUUCACGGGUUCAGAGGGAACGGUGCUCUCUCCAAACUACCCACGCAACUACACCCGAGGCCAGAGCUGCGUCUACGACGUCUUCGUCCCCGGGGACUUCGUGCUGUUCGGGCAGUUUGUGGUGUUCCAGACUUUGACCAACGACGUGGUCGAGAUCCACGACGGCUCCUCUCCAGAGUCGGCUCUUCUCUCCUCCAUCUAUGGAUCGCACUCAGGGGAGACGCUCCCGCUGAGCUCGGGGAACAAGAUAACGCUCACGUUCACCACCAAUGGAACAGAAACCGCCAAAGGGUUCCACUUUGUGUACCAAGCCGUCCCCCGGACCAGCGCCUCUCAGUGCAGCUCGGUGCCCGAGCCUCGCUCCGGGAAGCGUCUGGGGAACGACUUCGGCGCCGGCAUGGUGGUUCUGUUCGAGUGCAGCCCGGGCUACACGCUGCACGGCGCCACCGCCAUCAGGUGUGAGGCCGUGCCCGGCGCCCUGGCCCAGUGGAACGGCACGGUGCCCACAUGUGUUGUUCCCUGCGGCGGGGCGCUGGCGGACCGGAGGGGCACCAUCCUCUCCCCCGGCUACCCGGAGCUGUACUCCAACUACCUCAACUGUGCCUGGAAGAUCUCCGUCCCCGAGGGCGCCGGCAUCCAGAUCCAAGUCGUGACCUUCGCCACGGAGCACAACUGGGAUUCGCUGGAUUUCUUCGACGGGGUCGACGGCAACGCCCCGAGGCUCGGGAGCUACUCAGGAACAACGAUUCCUCAACUCCUGAACAGCACGUCCAACAACCUGUUCCUGACCUUCCAGUCCGACAUCAGCGUCUCCGCCGCCGGCUUCCACCUGGAGUACACAGCAAUAGGUUUGGAUUCCUGCCCAGAGCCGCUGCCUCUCAGUCACGGCCACAAGCUGGGCGACCGCUACACCGUGGGCGACAUGGUGUCCUUCCAGUGCGACCAAGGCUUCUCCUUACAGGGUAAUGCUUAUAUUACCUGCAUGCCCGGCCCCGUCAGGAGGUGGAACUACCCCGUGCCUCUGUGUUUAGCUCAGUGCGGCGGCUCCUUGACAGACUUCAGCGGCGUCAUCCUCAGCCCCGGCUUCUCGGGGAAUUACCAGAGCAGCCUGGACUGCAGCUGGAGAGUCCAACUCCCCAUCGGCUUCGGGAUCCACCUGCAGUUCCUGAACUUCUCCACCGAGCCGGUUCACGACUACCUGGAGGUGCGCAGCGGGAACCUGGAGACGGGAACCGUGAUCGAUCGGUUCAGCGGCCCCGUGGUGCCCGACGCUCUGUUCAGCACCACCCACGAGACCACGCUGUUCUUCCACAGCGACUACUCCCAGAACAAGCCCGGCUUCCACAUCGUCUACCAGGCGUACGAGCUCCAGAGGUGUCCGGACCCCCGGCCCUUCCGGAGCGGCAUCGUGAUCGGCCAGGACUCCAGCGUGGGGAUGACCAUUUCCUUCGAGUGCCUCCAAGGCUACACUCUGCUGGGAGAGCCGUCGCUCACAUGUCUGCACGGAGUCAGCAGGAACUGGAACCACCCGGUGCCUCACUGCGAGGCGCUCUGCGGCGGGAACGUCACGGCCAUGAACGGCACCAUCUACUCCCCCGGACACCCGGCCGAGUACCCUCACUUCCUGGACUGCAUGUGGACGGUCCGAGUCCCUCCCGGCUACGGCAUCGACAUCAGCUUCUCCGUCCUCAACACGGAGCCCAUCUACGACUACAUCACGGUGUGGGACGGGCCGGACCAGGCCUCUCCUCAGAUCGGUCAGUUCAGUGGUACCUCGGCCCAGGAGGGCGUGUCCAGCACGGCCAAUCAGGUGCUCAUCAAGUUCCACAGCGACUUCAGCACCAGCGGCUUCUUCGUGCUGCAUUAUUACGCGUACCAGCUGAGGACCUGUCAGCGCCCCCCCCCUGUGGCCAACGCCACCUUCCUCAGCGACGAUGAGGAGUUUGAGAUAGGGGACAUCAUCCGGUACUCGUGCCUGCCCGGCUUCACCUUGGUGGGCAGUGAGAUUCUGACCUGUCGCCUUGGAGAGCGGCUCCAGAUGGAUGGACCCCCGCCGCUCUGUCAAGUCCAAUGUCCGGCCAACGAGGUGCGCUUCGACUCCACGGGGGUGAUCCUGAGCCCGGGCUUCCCCGACCACUACCCCAACCUGCAGAUGUGCUCGUGGCUGAUCAACGUGGAGAAGGGCUACAACAUGACGCUGCACUUCGAGCUCUUCCAGACGGAGAAGGAGUUCGACAUCCUGGAGAUAUUUGAUGGUCCCAACAUCUACAGCCAGAGCCUGGCGUCUCUGAGCGGUGACAUUGAGACGCCCUUCAGCCUGACCACGGCCGGCCACCAGCUGCUGCUGCGCUGGUCCUCCGACCACGGCACCAACCGGCGGGGCUUCCACAUCAGAUACGUGGCGCUGUACUGCAGUACCCCGGACUCGCCACAGAGCGGCAUCGUGGUGAGCCAGACCGGGGGUCACCUGAACAGCGUGGUGCGCUGGGCGUGCGACCGCGGCUACAAGCUGAUCGGGUCGCUCUCGGCCGUGUGCAGGAAGAACCUCCACGGCUUCUACGCCUGGGACGCGCCGGUGCCGGCGUGCCAAGCCGUGUCGUGCGGCGUGCCGGGCGCCCCCCUGAAUGGAGGCGUGCUCGCCCUGGACUACUCCGUGGGCACGCGGGUCACCUACUUCUGCAGCGGCGGCUACCGGCUCUCCUCCAAGGAGCUCACCACCACGCUGUGCCGGCCGGACGGCGGCUGGAGCAACCACAACAAGGUGCCCCGCUGCAUCGUCAUUUCCUGCGGGGAUCUUCCGACGCCUCCGAACGGGAAGAGGAUCGGGACCCAGACCACCUUCGGAGCGUCGGCCAUCUUCAGCUGCAACCUGGGCUUCGUCCUCAGCGGCGCCGCCGUGAGGGAGUGCCUCCUCUCCGGCCUCUGGAGCGGGGCGGAGACUCGCUGCCUGGCCGGUCACUGCGGCCUGCCGGAGCAGAUCGUGAACGGCCAGGUGAUCGGGGAGAACUUCGGCUACAGAGACACGGUGGUCUACCAGUGCAACCCCGGCUUCAGGCUCAUCGGAUCCUCAGUGAGGAUCUGCCAGCAGGACCACGACUGGUCCGGACAGAUCCCGGUCUGCAUCUCCGUCACGUGUGGCCACCCCGGCAGCCCGAUCUACGGCCGCACCACGGGCGACGGCUUCAACUCCAACGAUGUGGUGCGCUUCUCCUGCAACAGAGGCUACACCCUGGAGGGUCCGUCCAGCGCCCAGUGCCAGGCCAACCGGCAGUGGAGCCGGCAGCUGCCCACAUGCAGAGUGGUGAACUGCACCGACCCCGGCAUCCCCGCCAACUCCAUCCGGGAGAGUAAGAUCGAGCACGGCGUCUUCACCUUCGGCAGCGUGGUGUUCUACGACUGCAACCCCGGCUACUUCCUGUUCGGCUCGCCGGUGCUCAGCUGCCAGCCGGAGGGCCGCUGGGACAAGCCGCUCCCCGAGUGCAUCGAGGUGGACUGCAGCCACCCGGGCGCCCCCCCCCACGCCGUGAUGAGCGGCGACUCCUUCACCGUCGGCUCCACGGUGCGCUACACCUGCUCCGGAGAGCGGCAGCUCGUCGGAGACUCGGCCCUCACCUGUCAGCUGAACGGACACUGGAGCGCCCCGCUGCCCCACUGCUCAGGCAGCUCGGCGGACGCCUGCGGGGACCCCGGCACGCCGGUCCACGCCACCAGGGAGGCGGGGAACAUGAAGGUGCGCAGCAAGGUGCGCUUCACCUGCGCCGUGGGACACAUGCUGUACGGCUCGGCCGAGAGGAUCUGCUUCCCCAACGGGACGUGGUCGGGCCGGCAGCCCUUCUGCAAGCCGGUGCAGUGUGGGAACCCGGCCACGCCGGCUCACGGCCGCGCGGCCCGCGUGGACGACACCACCUUCUCCCACGCCGUGGUGUACUCCUGCCUGGAGGGCUACUUCCUCAGCGGCGCGCCCUCACGCCAGUGUCUGGCCAACGCCACGUGGUCAGGGACGCCCCCCAACUGCACACUGAUCACCUGUGGCGACCCCGGGCUCCCGGCCAACGGGCUGCGGCUGGGCGACGGCGUGUCGGUGGGGCAGAGCGUAACCUUCGCCUGUCAGCUGGGGUACGUGGCGGACGGCGCCGUCACCCGGACCUGCACCAACAACGGCACCUGGAGCGGCGCCCUGCCGGCAUGCCGAGUGGUGACGUGUCCGCCACCUCCACCCGUACGCAACGGCCUGCCGGAGGGCUCGGUCCUGGAGUGGGGAACCAGCGUGAGCUACAGCUGCCUCCCGGGCUACGAGCGGUCCUUCCCUGCUGUGCUCACCUGCACCGGGGGCGGGGCGUGGAGCGGAGAGCUGCCCCAGUGCCUGCCCAAGUUCUGUGGAGACCCUGGUACGCCUGCCAGAGGGCGGAGGGAAGGACGCAGCUUCAUCUACAAGUCGGAGGCGGCGUUCGGCUGCGGCGCCCCCUACCUGCUGGUGGGCUCCAGCUCACGCGUGUGCCAGGAGGACGGCACCUGGAGCGGCUCCCAGCCGCGAUGUAUAGAGCCCACGAGAACCACCUGUGAAAACCCAGGGACGCCCGAGCACGGCUCCAUGAACUACACCACCGGCUUCAAGGUGGGCAGCCGAGUGGAGCUGCAGUGCCAGCAGGGACACCUCCUGCAGGGCUCCACCAGCCGCCUGUGUCUGCCCGACCUCACCUGGACCGGCCUCCAGCCCAGCUGCAUCCCUCACUCCUGUAAGCAGCCCCGGACUCCGGCCUACGCUGACGUGCUGGGUCUGGAGCUGCCCUCCUACGGCUUCACCCUGGUGUACAGCUGUCAGUCCGGCUACUUCCUGUCCGGCGGCUCGGAGCACCGAGUCUGCCGCUCCGACGGCAGCUGGACCGGCAAGGUGCCCGUGUGCAGAGUCGGGUCCAAGUCACAUGAGAAGACAGUGAAAGUCUCUCCGGGGACGGCGAGCCAUCAAGUCCACGUCCCUGACGACGUGUUCGCCUGUGACUUCGUGUGGAAGGGUUCCUACGACUACCGCGGCCACAAGCAGCCCGUGGCGCUGACCGUCACCAGCUUCAACGCCUCCACGGGGAAGGUCAACGCGACCUUGACCGACAGCAGCAUGGAGUUCCUGCUCUCUGGAGUGUAUAAGCGCCAGGAGGCUCGCCUGAUGCUGCUGCUGCACCAGAUGCGAGCGCUGGCCCACAGCUCUCUGAGCCGGGUCACCGAGGAGAGCUGGGCCAUGGACGGAUACGUGUCGGGCGAGCCGGAGGGCGGCAGCUACGUGUUCCAGGGCUUCAUCCCGGGGAAAGACUUCGGACCGUUUGGACUCCAGAGACUCGGUCCGAGAGUGAGAGAGAAUGUGACCCUCGCCGACCCCGACGCCGCCGGCUCCACCAACAGCAGCUCUGUUGCGGUGGCCAUCCUCGUGCCUUUCUUUGCCCUCAUCUUCGCCGGCCUCGGCUUCUACCUCUACAAGCAGCGGAAAACGGACAAAGCUCAGUACACGGGAUGCUCCGUCCACGAGAACAACAACGGCCAGGCCGCCUUCGAGAACCCGCUGUACGCCAACACCAAGGCGGCCGAGGGGAAGGUGGUCCGCUUCGACCCCAACCUCAACACCAUCUGCACCAUGGUGUGAUGUCCACUGAGGACACACACAUAGAGAGAGAGGGAGGAUACAACUUCUCCUGGUUUGCUUCACAUUAAUAUAUAUAUGGACAUGUUUAUAUUUUUCUUACAUCAAAGACGACAUAAAGACGUAUAAAGCACACUUCUAGCAACGUGACGGCAGGAAGAAGAGGAGGGAGGAGGGGGGGGGUCUUCCUGCAGGAGGAGAUCAGAGUUCUUUACACUCAGUGAGUGUCGGCUGAUGAACGAGCCUCUGGCAGAGACUUGGAGCGUGUUCUGCUCUGUUCUCAGAACACAAAGGGUUACUUCACGAUACCAAACCACUAUUUGAAACCUCUGCUCUGGGAGGAAACGGCUCGGAGCUUCUUCACGUUCGUCUCACUCAUUUAUUUAAAUGUCGUCCUCUCGGGGGUGAGAGUCCUCAGCUGUGAUCUUCACUCCCAUCUUUAGAGUCUCCUUGACAAGCAGAGGAGACGAGGAGGUGGAGAGGAAGCUGCUCUCUGAACGGUGUGUGCAAAGUGAUGCGGUGAUUAUCCUGUCGCUCUUCACGCCUCCUCCUCCUCCUGAUGAAGACCACGGCCGGGCCUUUAGUUACCGAAGAGCAGGAAAGAAACCCUGCGGAGUCGGUUGGGCCGCCGCCCUCUGGCUGUGCUCAGGCUCUCUGGGGAGGAGGUGCUCUACAUGUGGGCUGUGAACAGAAACCUGGUUCUGUUCACGGAGAGCUGCUCCUCAGUCAUUACUCACGUGGGCCUCAUCCACCGAGUUGACCCGGCUCUGAUGUAUUUAUCUUUGUGUCCCAUAUAAACCAAAUGAAUCCCCCCCCCUUACCCACAACCCUGUACCCAUCAAGAGUCUCACAGUCGGUCUUCCGGCUCUCUCCGGGUUCAGGUUCUGAGGCAGUGAGCUCCUGGAACACGAAGCUCCUUUUACUCCAGAUUCUUUUGGGGAGCCUCCGUCAGAGAGCUCUGUCUCCUGCUCUGAGACACGCGACGAAUGACUAACGAGAACGGGCACUCGGUAGAGCGCAUACCUUCGCCGCUGCCACUUUCUUGGUAUCUUUUCAUGACCUUGACCUUUGACCUGAUAGAUCCCAAAAUCUAAUCAAAUGGUCCCCGGAUAAUAACCAAUCAUCCCACCAAAUUUCAUGAGAUUCGGUUUAAUACUUUUUGAGUUAUGCGAGUAACACGCAUACAAAUAAAUAAAUACACAGCGAUCAAAACAUAACCUUCCGCAUUCUCAGAAUGCGAAGGUCAUAAUAUGGCAUAAAGGUUACUCCCUGAACUUCACUGAACCGUCUCAUGUACAGGAUACAUGAAACGUGCACACCUCAACACGAGCCCCUCCCCCGUCCAGCCAGCACUGAGGAGCACUGAGCAUCUCAGCUCCGUCCUGCAGGCGUCACCACCGUCUGGCCCACUGUGUGUUUUAAGGAGGGUUGAGCAUCCGCUGCAGCCCCCAAGCUAGUGGUAGGAAGUGGUACUGCAGCGCUCUGGCUGCGUGGCGUCGGCUGAGAGGAGCUCUCUCGGCUGUGGGCUGCAGUACCACUUCCUACCACUAGCUUGGUUUCCUGUCAUUGCUCGUACAUUUUGUACAUUUAUACAGUUUUUAAUACUUGACGGCAUUCUCUAGCAAGAUGUCUUGUGUUAUCGAUAUGUAAUAUAUUUUGCAAGUUCAUGUUUCCUAUGGAUGAGAGAAGAAGAGCAGCUGGUCAAACAGCAUCCAGCGGCAGGUCGGUCCCCCACACACACUCAUCAUCCACCAGCACACCUGUGUCUAUGAAUAUGUACAUAUGACAGACGUUUUGUAAAGAGUUAUAUUUUUUAUGCGGAAAAUAAAGCAUUUGUAAGUUAUUGAAUAUGUUGUGUAAAGUUUCACAUGUAAAUGUCACGCAAGGUCAACAAAAUGUUUUGUAUUUUUUCUUUAUCGGCAAUGUACAAAUCCUUAAUUUAUAUAUAAAAGAUGAAAUAACGAA